UGAAUACGUAUUAUUGUACUGUGAGCCUAGUUUGUACCUAGCAGCUAUUUUAGUCAUUGAUUAUCAGUGAAACGAUAAGCGGCUUUUUUGUAAGCACGGUUUAGGAAAUUACUGUUAUAAGUCCGUAUAAAAAAUUAAAUUUUUUGGGCACUAUGGAUAUAAAGUUAUUGAUAUUGCUACUUUUUAUACAUGCUGAAAUAAUUUCCAUACGAUGCAUACCAAGAACCGAAGAUGGAAUGCAAUCUUCACAAAGAGCACGUCGUCAAAUUGAUAUAAAUCUAUCUGCUGAACAUGAUGAGAACAACGACGAAACAGAAAUUGCCUUAGAAGCUAUAGCCAAUUUGUGGCGUAGUGCUGAUAGUAAAACACAGAUCGACGGGUCAGCCAAAGUGAUACACCACAGCAAUUCUUUGAAUUCGGGAAAUACACGUUUUUCAGGACGGUUACAUGUACAUCACGACUACAGGAGGAAGUGAUUUCUGUAAUUUCGUAUACAGUUGCUUUUAGAAAAGAAUAUAUUCUUGUAAAAAAUUUAACAAACAUAAUAUUCGACUUCUCCGUUAUCAAUGCAGAGAUAAGCUGUUCUACAUAAUAUAAACAAAUUUUGUAUACAUAAAUAUGCAUGUAUUGCCCAAGAGUGUGAAUUGAAAUAGCUGCAUACCUUUGAAUCGUAAUGAGAGGACAAAUACCAGCAUAUAUUCUGAUGUUAAUGCUGCUUUAUUGUGCAGCGUUACAACAACACUUUUAUAAUGAAAAACUAUAUUUAGGGCAUCUACAACGAUAUCGGCGUCAAUUGGAUCUAACAUUAACAGCAGAUCAUGACAACCGUCAGCAAAGUACGGAUAUAUCGCUCGAAGCAUUAGCAAACCUUUGGCGCAGUGCAGAUAGUAAAACGUCUCUUGAUGGAGGCAUUAAACUAGUCCACACAAAAAACAGUUUUCAAACGGAUAGCACAAAAUAUAAAGCUCGUCUGGAUUUGAAAUUUGAACUUGGAAAUUAAUCAAAAUUUAGAGAUAUUUAAGCUUGUACUAUGUAAAUAAGUAUGUAAUAAUUUAACGUGAUUUUAUUUUCUAUAUUUAUAUGUAUAUGUGGGUAUUUUAUUAAGACAUAAUCAUAUUAUAAAUAUAAAUAUACAUAUAAUGCUUAUA